AUGGAAUAUGAAGUCAAGAAAGGGAAAAAGGGCUUGGUAUCACCUAUCCGACGACUGGUAUUCCCCAAGGCAUCACGCAGGGAAGCCCGCCAGAACAGUGUGAGCCGCAGGCCCCUGCACUCGAAGCACCUUUAUCCCCCUGACUACCUCAUUGACCCCCAGAUUCUGCUGUGUGACUACCUGGAGAAAGAGGUCAAGUUUCUGGGCCACCUCACCUGGGUGACAUCCUCCCUGAACCCCUCCAGCCGGGACGAGCUCCUGCAACUGCUGGACACGGCCAGGCAGCUGAAAGAGCUUCCAUCGAAGACUACGGCGGAGCAGGACAGCAUCCUGAGCCUGUCUGCCCGCUGCCUGCUGCUCACCUGGAGGGACAACGAGGAGCUGAUCCUCCGCAUCCCCACGCAUGAGAUCGCCGCCGCCUCGUACCUGCAAGACGACGCGCUGCACCUGCUAGUGCUUAAAACCGGUCUGGGCGUGGACCCGGUGCCGGCGGGCGUGGACGGCAGCCCGGGGGGCUCGGCGCGGGAGCCGGGGCCGGCGGGCGUGGGCGCGGCGCCGGAGCAGCAGCGGCGCGCGGGCCCGGCGGAGCGGCGGCACACCAUCUGCAGCCUGGACUGGCGCGCGGCGUGGGGCGGCGGCGCGGGCCCCGAGAGCCGGGCGGCGGCGGCGGGCGGCGGCGGCGGCGGCGGAGGCGGCGGCAGCCUGGAGCGGCAGCGCGCGGGGCCGCGGGCGUCGGGGAGCUGGGAGCGGCGCCGGACGUUCGGCGGCAGCUGGGAGCGGCGGCACGGCGGCGGCGGCGGCGGCGGCGGUGGCAGCGGAGGCGGCGGCGGCAGCGCGGGCAAGCCCUUGGGCGGCAGCUGGGAGCGGAGGCCGGCGGGCGGCGGCGGCAGCUGGGAGCGGCGGCACCCGGGCUCCAACCCGCUCGACCCGCGAGACCCCAGCCCCGACGCCUACUGCAACCUCGUCAUCCUGGCCGUGGCCAACAGGGAUACUGCGGAGGAAUCCUGCGCCCUAAUUUGCCAGGUCUUCCAGAUCAUCUAUGGGGACCAGAGUAUUGAGUGUGUGGACCGGGCUGGCUACCAUUACAGAUCCACCCCCGAGCGACCUUGGCUCUGCAGCCGCAGUGAGAGCUGCCGCACGGAUGGGACCUAUGCUUAUGAUGCUGACUUCAGCUGCUGCAGCUCCUUCAAUGGAUCCCAGGAUACAUUUGAAGCCUGUUACAGUGGCACAUCCACACCCUCAUUCCAUGGCUCCCACUGCAGCAGUGACCACAGUGGCCUGAGCCUUGAGCAACUGCAGGAUUACAUGAUCACGCUGAGGAGUAAACUGGGGCCCCCUGAGCUCCAACAGUUUGCGCUGCUGCUACGGGAAUACCGGCUGGGGCUGCCCAUCCAGAAAUACUGUGAGGACCUGCUGAAGCUUUAUGGGGACCGGCGCAAGUUCCUCCUUCUUGGGAUGCGGCCCUUCAUCCCCGACCAGGACAUCGGCUACUUCGAGGGCUUCCUGGAGGACGUGGGCAUCCGCGACGGCGGCAUCCUCACCGACAGCUUCGGCCGCAUCAAGCGCAGCAUGAGCUCCGCGUCCGCGUCGGCCGUGCGCAGCUACGACGGGGCCUCGCAGCGUCCAGAGGCGCAGACCUUCCACCGGCUGCUGGCGGGCAUCGAGCAAGACAUCGAGGCGCUGGCCCCCGACGACGACAGCACGGAUGCAGAGGUCCAGGACUCGCCGGGCGGAACCGACACGGCUGAAGACAACUACCUGUAAAAGUGGAGAGGAAAGGGAGUGAGUGGCUGCCAUCCUGCAGGCCUCACGUCUCCACCCCUGCCCACAACCCCAUCCAGA